AUGCCUCCUUCGACGCAAACAACCAGAUUGAUAUCCAACUUGCGCCUCCUUAUCCCACGUCUCCGCCUUCUUCAGAAAAAAGACACCGCAUCCUCCGUCAUCCAGCGUCGCGAACUCUCCCACCUUCUCAGUGAAGGCCGCGAUGCAUCUGCGCGCAUCCGAGUCGAAAAUGUAAUCUCUACUGAUAUCGGGGUCGAGGUAAUGGAAAUAGUGGAACUGUACUGCGAACUAUUACUUGCGCGAGCCAAUGUGCUGGAUCAGAUUGCGUUCGGGGAGAAAGGCACCCGCGCCAGACUGCGCGCAAAGGAGCUUCAUAAAAGACAAAUGCAGGCACAGUCUGCUAAGGCUGGUGCGUCGGGGACAGAAGCGAAACAGGCGGAGAGUACUGGGUCUAUGUUUGGGUUCUCAUGGCUUGGAGGUUCGCAGAAAAGGGAAACUGUCUCUACGACCCCUGCAGUUGAUGGGGCAGAUGACACCGCAUUAACAGAUGAAGAGAACGCGUACAUGGAUACUGCAAUUGAUGAAGCUGCUGUUGCUAUUUUCUAUGCGUGGCAUCGUUUUCCUCAUGAGAUGCGCGAAUUAACGAUUCUUCGAACUAUGCUUGGGGAACGAUAUGGGAAGGAGUUCAUGACAUUGGCACAAGACAAUAAGGUUGAUUCGGUCAAGGUUCCUGAGAGACUUCUUAGGGGAUUACGUGUGCGUUCACCGGGACAAGAGCUUGUUGAAAAUUACUUGCGGGAGAUUGCGAGAGCAUACGGAGUUACUUGGGGUGAGAGCGAUGAGCUAGAAGCGCAGGAAGUUCUUGGUGAUGCACCGCCGGAGUUCGUUGGCGAAACUCAAGAUGGAAAUGGUCAUGAUCAUGGUCAUGAUGGAGGCGAUCUUCCACAGACUCCAAGGAAGCAGCAGGCUACUGAUUCUCAGCCUUAUUUCAAUGAAGCACGACGAGCCUCGGAUACUAGUGAUUUGAACAAAGCUACACCUCCUCGUGGAGCUGCUAUGGGACGUAGUCCUGUUAGUGUAGCGCCUCCUGCUCCUAGAACGGACAAUCCGAACCCACGAGUCAAGGUUCCUGGACCGAAGGAGGGGGAGGCUGGUCAAACUUCUAAGCAGGCGACGACAAAAAGCAAUAAUGGGAUUCCAGAGUUGGAUGAGCUCACACGGCGAUUUGCGGAUCUCAAACGGAAGCCUUGA